AAGCGACAAAAAUACGCGUUUAGGCUCUCUCUCUUCGUUCGUAUUCUGUCCUGUCCAGUGGAGCCUGAGGUCCAAGUAUCAAUGGAGGAGGAAGCUUAGUUGGAUCACACACUUGCCCGGCCAGAGAGUUUACGCUACUUGUUCAAUAAUUACAUAAAUAAAGUUCCAAAUUUCUCUUCUUAGUUCUUCCCUCUCGCUGUGCCUGGCUCCGACUCUAUUGUUAGCUUUAUUUUGAUCUCAUCAUAGAUACAAGGCUGACAUUGAAUAUUUGCCAAUCCACUGAAAAGAAAAGAAGGGGAUGAUGCUGACGCGUUGGUUACUAGUAUUUGUUGCCGGAUUUUCUGUUGGGGCACUCGCCGUUGUUGCCUUUGAGGUUUUGGGUGUCUAUGUCUUCUUUAAGCGAUUUAAUCGCAAGAUUCGACAAGAAGAGCUUAAAUCAUCAUCUCCGUCUUCGCAUAAAGAUCUCGAUCCCAAACAGUCCCUUGAUUACUUUUAUAACAAGAAGGGGGUUGUCUGGGUCCUAGAACCAGAUAAAGUUCCCAGAAAUUGGGUGGUGGAUAAAGUGCCAAAAGAGCAAAAGAAGAAAAAGGAUCUCUUUGAGGUUAAUCCUGUUAAGAAAUAUGCAAAAAUCAUGAAUCGAUUUCUUGUUUUGACAGAUUCAGAUGGUUCCCAUGCAGCUUUUCCGUUAAAGGGUUGCAUUGUAGAAGCUGUUUCUGCUACAGACCUUUCUACAAGAAAAUGGGCGAAAAGAUUUCCUAUAAAAGUGGAAAGCAAAACUUCAGUGAUAUAUAAUGCAAGCAAAGUAGUGUACAUUUAUCUAGAGACAUCAUGGGAGAAGGAGUCGUGGUGUAAAGCCCUCCGUCUUGCUUCAUGUGAUGACAAAGAAAAACUUAACUGGUUCACUAAGUUGAAUGAAGAGUUCCACUGUUAUUUGGCAUCCUUAAAUACAGGAUACCCUUCAUUUAUGAAACCCUCGGCGGGAUUCAUUGCAGAGCCAAUAGAUAGAGUGACUAAGUUUGAUGGUUCUGCUUCAAAGGUUUGCUUGUUUCUGAAAAAGCUUGCCAGAAAAGCUUCAAAGACCAGUGUAGAGAAUAGAGGAACUUUUUCACUAGGCCAUGAAGAGAAAAAGAUUAAUGACAAGAGUCAUUCAUUCCAAGAUCCAAUUUUAAGCAGUAGCUUGAUAAAAACUACUCCAAUAACAAAGGCAUUAGUGAGUUCUGAGGAAAAUAAGGGAGUACUUUCAUCCUCCACCUUUUCUUGCUCCAUGACCCAAACCCCUAUUUCUGUUUCUGAUGUGGGUUCUGAUGAGAAUUUAAAUACUGAUGAAGGAACACUCUGUUGGAAUUUGCUUUUUUCUAGGAUUUUUUUUGAUGCCAGAAGCAAUCCCCAGAUAAAGAGUUCAUUUCAAGCACGGAUUCAGAGAACAUUGUCCAAUAUGAGGACACCCAGUUACAUAGGUGAAGUUGUAUGUACUGACCUAGGUCUUGGGAGUCUACCACCUUAUAUCCAUGGUAUAAGAGUACUUCCUACAGAUAUGAAUGAGAUAUGGGCAUGGGAAGUUGAUGUUGAGUAUUGUGGUGGGCUGGUGCUAGAUAUUGAAACAAGGCUGGAAGUUCAGAAGCUCCAAAAGGAUAUGGUGGAUACAAACUCAGAAUCGAGUUCUGUUGGGGAUGUCUCUUCAGACCUUCUGGAAGGUUUUGAAUAUUUUGGAAAGCAGCUGAAUAUUUCUGGAGGGACUGCUGAUGAACAAGAGCAGGAGAAUGAAGGAAAUAAUAAACUUGAUGGGUUAAAAAAUUCUACAAGUUAUUCGUCAACAUCGACUAAUGUGUCUAGGUGGAAAUCCAUUCUUAAUUCUAUUGCACAACAGGUUUCGCAGGUACCUCUGUCUUUAUCGAUAAGGGUUGCAUCACUUCGUGGAACACUGCGUCUACAUAUGAAGCCACCUCCUUCUGAUCAGUUGUGGUGUGGAUUCACAUCCAUGCCUGAUAUAGAGUUUGACUCGGAGUCAUCUGUUGGGGAACACAAGAUUAAUAGUAUUGCUUUGUUCUUGAUCAGUCGGUUUAAGGCUUCCAUCAGAGAAACUAUGGUGCUUCCAAACUGUGAAAGCUUAUGCAUUCCCUGGAUGUUGGCUGAAAAGAAUGACUGGGUACCUCGGACAGUAGCUCCUUUUAUGUGGCUUAAUCGAGAAGCCGCUAGUGAUCAUGCCACUGCAUGCGAAGCUCAUGGUUCCGAACCUGACGAAGCGAAACCCAAGGAAGAGGCUCACAGGAGAGCCUCUAACAAUGAUCCAGAAAGCAAGCAUUUGAAAACAAAGAACCCUGAAUGUUCUCAACAAUCAAUUUCAGAUUCUUCUGAUGCUGUAGAGAGCGCAUUGAGCUGCACUAAGCCAUCAAUGCAAAGCAGCAAAUUUUCGCAGGAACUGACAAGUCCUCUAUUGGCAAGCUAUGAACCACAAGAAAUUUCACAACAAAGUAGAGGUUGUAUCUCAGAGCGUCAAUCGCUAUCUAGGUCUCUUGCACAAGUAGAAAAGCAGAAUCAGACUGUUGAAGAAAAUGAUUCAAGACCAAAGAGGAUGGGAAGAAGGGCGAGGAUGCUUGAUCUGGGGAAGAAGAUGGGGGACAAACUUGAAGAGAAGAGACGUCACAUUGAAGAAAAGGGUAGGAGCAUUGUUGAGAAGAUGAGAGGACCAUGAACUACCAAAACAAGGAGUGCUCGGACAUACAUAGGAUUGGUAGCCAUUGUCAUUGAUGGACAGAGCGGACGCACCCAUUAAUUUGAAUAGAUGAUUAAGUAUAAUAUUUUAGGUGUUAAAAACUUUUUUAUAUAGAAUUGGCAAACCCAUGUCAAAGCCCUACAGAUAUACUAUUAACUUUACGGGUUUUCCAAUUUAAGGGGGCAAGGACUUGCAUCGCAAAAUACAGUAAAACAGAGUCGGGCAUACUUUCUUA